AUGUCCCACCCGGUGCUGCUGCUGCGGCGGCUCCGGGAGCGGCACCGGCACCGGAACCGGGACAGCGACGAGGAACAGGACUGGGACCGGGAUCAGGACCAGGACCAUGACUGGCACCGGGAGCGGGAUCAGGACCAUGACUGGGACCGAGAUCAGCACCGGGAUCAGGACCAGGACCGUGACUGGCACCGGGAGCGGCAUCAGGACCGUUAUUUGGGCCGAGAUCAGCCCCGGGACCGGCAGCAGGGCUGGGCUCAGGACCAGCACCACAUCACACACCCCCUGCCCCCAUCCAGGAUCUCCCUCCCGGUGCCCUCGGGUGGUCCCUCCACCCCAUGCCCAUCCCCGAGCCCCCGCCGGGGCCGCCGCCGCCGCCGCCCGUACCCUGCCCAGCGCAUUUACCGGGUGCGCUGCUCCUUCCUGGAGCUGAGCGAGGAGCAGGCGCUGCGGCGCUGCCGCCUGGACCGGGCGGCCAUCGCGGCGCUGUGCCGGGAGCUCGGCGCCGACCUGCAGAGCCUCACCGGCCGCAGCCACGCUCUGCCCGUGGCCGUCAAGGUCACCUCGGCUUUGGCCUUCCUGGCCUCGGGUUCCUUCCAGACGGCUUCGCGCCUCAGCACGGGCAUCAGCCAGUCGGCCAUGUCCAACUGCUUGGCGCAGUUUUUGGCGGCGCUGCAGCGGCGAGCUCCCCGUUACAUCGCCUUCCCCCCGCCGCCCGCGCCCCCCGGGGACCCCCCGGCGCUGCCCGGGGUGCUGGGUUUGGUGGGCGCCAUGCAUGUGGCGCUGAGGGCUCCGGCCGACAACGAGCCGCUGUUCCGCAACGCCGCCAACUUCCACUCCAUCAACAUGCAGGUGGUGUGCGACCGCCACGGCGCCAUCACCAACGUGGUGGCCAAGUUCCCCGGCUCGUGUCCCAACGCCACCGUCCUGGAGAACUCGGCCCUGGCGCGACUCAUGGAGGGGAGCAGGCCGGAGGGGGUCUGGCUGCUGGGUGACCGCACGUACCCGCUGAAGCCGUGGCUGCUGACGCCCAUCUCGGGCCCCCGAGGCGCGGCCGAGCUGCGCUACAACGCUCUCCACGCCCGGACCCUCGACCCCCUGCGCCGCACCCUGGGGCUGCUGCGCCGCCGUUUCCGCUGCCUGGCGGGCGGGGGGCUUCAGUACAGCCCCCCCAAGGUCUGCCAGAUCUUCCUGGCCUGCUGCAUCCUGCACAACAUCGCCCUGCGCCGCCGCGUCCCCCUCGAGCCCCCCGAGGGGCUCCCGCCCGCCCCGGGACACCCCGAGCCCCCACCGCAGCCGCCGCCGCCCCCCGGGCCGGGCUCCCGUGAGGGACGGGCGGUGAGGGCCAAGGUGGUGCAGCAGGUCAGGGAGGGGAUGGGCUGA